AAUGCGACUCUUCCCCACCAGCAGCCAGCAAAUGGAAACUUUGAUGCUUCAUUCUGGCUCCUGCAAAGUUACCGCGACUCUCCUGUUAACCAUUCUGGGCUGUGCCAGAUGUCUGCCUCUUCACGAUGACUCAGUUUGCACCACAGAAGUGCCUGCAAAGUACAGAAUCGUCUUCACAGGGAAAUGGAGCCAAGCGGCUUUCCCUAAGCAGUAUCCGCUGUACCGGCCACCAGCACAAUGGUCACCGCUUUUGGGCGUGGCCCAUAGUUCUGACUACGACAUGUGGGAAGUUAAUGAGUUUGCCAGCAAUGGUAUGCGUGACUUUGCUGAAAGAGGUGAAACGUGGACAUUGAUGAAGGAAAUAGAAGCAGCUGGAGAAAAAAUACAAAGUGUUCAUGGAAUCUUCUCUGCUCCUGCCCUUUCCUCCGGUACAGGUCAAACCUCCACAGAUUUUGAAGUGCAUUCAAGACACCCUCUUGUUUCUUUUGCAGUCAGAAUUGUGCCCAGCCCAGACUGGUUUGUGGGCAUUGACAGCUUAAAUCUGUGUGAAAAAGAUCGCUGGCUGGAGCAAAUAUCCGUGGAGCUUUCCCCGUAUGAUGCCGGGACCGACAGCGGCUUCACAUUUUCCUCACCCAACUUUGCGACUAUCCCCCAGGAGCCUGUUACAGAGAUCACAUGUUCUUCUCCAAGUCACCCAGCGAACUCUUUUUAUUAUCCCAAGCUUAAAAAUUUACCACCUAUCGCUCGAGUAACUAUGAUAAAACUGAGAAGAAGCAAACUGGGGUUUCCUUUUCCUCAGCCCAAUGUGACUGCAAUAGAUAAUGAAAUAGAAGACACAAUCUCAGAAACUCCCCUGGACUGUGAAACAUCGCUCUGGUCUUCGUGGGGCCUUUGCAGAGGCACGUGCGGACAUAUGGGGACGAAGAGCAGAACCCGUUACAUACAUCUCCAUCCUGCCAAUAAUGGAACACCUUGUCCAAACUUGAAUGAAACAACAGACUGUGAGCCAGACAAUUGUGUCUGAUAUAGUGCUUUGGAACAUUAUUUAGAUAAUUUAAAUGUCAGACAUCCUGACUUCAUCUAUUUUAUGCCUGUGAAUACGCUUAAGAGCCUAAAAUAGUUGUAAUAUUUUGUUGAAAAGUCUUCACGUUAUUUGAUCCUGGAUUAUGUCUAGUAUUUACAAGCAUUUCUUACUGUGAACCCCUGCAGCACCCCCUAGUGGUAGAAAAUUUGACCAACUUUGUAGUUCGUUUUUCAUUCUUGUAUAUGGAGCGAGCAAGCCCAGUCUCCACUUCUUCAAGAUUUAGCCUGUGUAAAUUUGAAAGGUAUGUAUAUCUACAGUGUCUCUCAUAAUUAUUUUACUAUUAUUUAUUGCAAUGUAUGGUGUUUUCUUUGCAAUCAUAAUUAACACAGAAGAAUGUGU